AUGGCCUGGACGGGGUGGUUGUUAUUAAUUGUGAGUUGCCUAUUUUCCAUUUUAACCGUUGCUGAUUCAGCUGUUAUUCCACUGGACAAUUCAAUUCAAUCCGUGAAUGAGACGUUCAUGUAUUUUGCGUACGGAAGUAAUCUGCUCUCGAAACGUAUUCUUUCUGAUAAUCCGACAGCUGUACGGAAAACCAUUGGAGUUUUGGAGAACUACAGACUGGACUUCAACAUACAGUCGAGAAAUUGGAAUGGAGCCGUGUCAACAAUAGUUGAAGACGACGAUUACCAUGUUUAUGGAGCGAUCUGGGAAAUUGAUAUAUCUAAUAUGGAUGAAUUGGAUCGACAAGAAGGAGUCGAAAAGAAUUUGUACAGACCCUUAACGAAGAGCAUAAUAACACCUGACGGUGAACGGAUUGAUUGUCGCGUAUAUCAGGAAGUAAACUACCCCGACGAAUUUUACGAAUUGGAAGACCUACCGAUUGAUCGGCAACCGAGUCGAAGCUAUUUGAAUUGCAUUUUGAAGGGGGCAUACGAAAGUCAGCUGCCAAUUGAAUACAUCUACGAUUUAUGGAAAAUACCACACAACAAUCAGGACGCAAACAAUUUUAGGUUUAGACAAUUGUGUGAUUGAACAUUAUGAGUGGACGGUGGAACACUGAUUACUCGUCAAUUCAGCGCACGUUCCGCGUAGCAGCCAAUUAUUUAAAUGGUCUCAAUCAUAGUUUUUUACGUUGAAAAGACUAAAGAUACGUCGUUCGUCUUUGUGACAUCAAAGAAAUGUUGUGAAUGCAUGAAAUAAGAAUGUCAACAGUGGUCAGCGGACAGUAUGG